AUGCAAGCUAAUGUCGCCUUCAAUUAUUUGAAGAAGGCUCUUGAUUUGGAAAUCUAAUCUAAACAAGACUCAAUGAAUAGUUGCUUAUAAAAAUCUGAAAAUGUGCUAUAAAAGUUGAAGCAAAUACCUGUUUAAGCUUAGGGUGAUAGUGGAUCUGAUUAGUCAGAUCAAAUAUAAAGGGAUUCAUAUGUGAGAAAUGUAUACACAACUAUGACAAUCGCCCUCUAUAAUCUAGGAGUUGAGCAUGAAUAUUUGAACGAGUACUCCUAGGCUAUUGAGUAUUUUAAUCGAGCCCAGUAUAUCACUCAAGAAAUUCUAGAUAGAGAUCCAUAAAUGACAAAGGUCAUAAGUGAGGGUCUGAAUAGUGUACUUUUGAAAUAAUAGAAAAAGAUGAUAUCAAACAACUAAUAUGGAAAUAAAUAAGGAAGUAACUCUCCAGUUAGAUUAAUGAUAGAUAUGAAUUCAAGUAGAUUUGCUCCAAUUGAUAGUAAAAGAUCUACUACACAGCUUGAAACUACCUACAAAUUUAUGAACAGGCGAGAUAACAUUACAAAUUCAUCCAUCAGCAGUGGCACUUCUCGACUAAAUUAAUCAAUUAGAGAAUAAGUAAAUUAAGCAUAUGGUGGAUAGACUUUAAAGCAAAGUACCCUUAAUGGCAAUUUUCAAUAAAUGCCUAGCAUAAAUAAAAUAGCAUAGAAUCAGACUAAGUUGUAAUUCGAGUAGCAAUAAAGGAAAGCGAUUUCAAAUCUAAGGAAUCUUCCUUCACAAAAUACUUAGUCUCCAUUGAAAUCCACUCAUUAUGGGCUUGAAGAGAAUAGAAAUAAUAAUAGAAGAGGAGGUGGGGGCAGUAAUGUCAGUAAUGCUAUAAAUAAGAUUCAAAGAGAGAGAAAUCUCAAUCUUCUUUAAAAGAUAAAUCAAGACUUUAGCUUACCCAACAUCCAGCACAACAACGAGAAGAAAAAUAGUAUGAAUCAUAGCUAUUUAACAGCUUUGCUAAAUUAAGAGUCUGAGGUGCAAUCGAUGGCAUCUUAGAAUGAAUUUAUGGCAUCAAGCUAAAAUAGUAAUUAUCAAUCCUUUGGUAAAACUUCAAAUAUGAUCCAAGCUCAAAACCCUUAAAAUUAAAAGUUUGUAGCUAAUAGCGGUAAUGCAAAGUACAAUCAAUUUUCAAGAUAACUCAAUAAAAUUUCUCCUUUAAGGUCACAUCAAUAAAUUGCUCCAAUAUAGAAUAAGCCCUAGGGCAAUUUCUUUGCCCAAAAAAAAUAUGAGUCCCAGGAGUUUCAUCCUGAAAAAACUAGUGUUACUUUUGGGGUUUAGGAUAACGACAGCAAGUCCUAAUCAAAGCCAAACUCUGUUUAGUAGUAUGAUAGGUUUACUAUGUAGUAAAACAAUAUUUAUUUUCAGAGUAAAAAUCCUUCUGUCAAUUUUUACAACUAAUCAGAACCUGAGGAGCAUAAGAUGCAAUUAGCGAUUAAAAAUAUUAAUGUAAAGUUGGGUGACCUAUAGGCUAAACUACAGUCGUAUAAGGCGACAAAUGACAUGAUACUAGAAGUAGACAAUGAAGUCUCUUUUAGAAAUAACUCCACUUCAAGGAGCAUAAUUAUUAAUAAAAAGCUAAGUUUAACUUUGAAUAAUAAUGAGAGGAUAUUAGUUGAAAAGACUAAUAAUAAUGAUACAACUGAUGAAUAAUAAUCAGUUAACUUUGAUCAACUAAGUUAUGUAAGUAGUGAGGCCUAACUAUGA